CACUUUCCAUGACAGGAGAAAUAAGCUCAGAUUAUAUAUAUAGAAAUAGUUUAAAACAAAAGCAAUCUAACGUCACUCAUGUAGAAGAGCCGGAAGAUGACGAUGAACAGUUCAUUUCAAAUAUGAAAAUGAUUAUUGAUAAAAAUUAUAUGCAGAAUAAGGAAAAUUAUAGCAUACGAGAUUUGCAAAGCAAAUCAUAUUUAUCAAGAAAAAAGAAGUGUGCCUUUAGCGACGAAGAUCAAAAUUUGAUAAAACGAUUUAAAAAAUCUGUGGAGGAAAGCAAAGUUUCGUGCGUUGCACCGCAGAAACUGCAGCAGUCUGAACAAAUUGCUUCCGUUCACAGUCGUCAUGCCUCGACAACUUGUACUCCACAGAUUACUCCGAUCGUUGGACGUAACGAUAUUGAUGUGAAUUUCAGAUGUAACACGGAAAAAUUACUCUUUCACGCAGCUUCAGAGACACAAAGAAAUGAUCAAUGUAUAACACCAGAAAUUGCAAAAACUAUUACUGAAAUAGAAAUCGAACAAUUGAUUUUUCAUGAGAUGGAAUACUUCACGCCCCCCCAGAAAGACGAUUUGUCUUUUAUAAAAAAAAUAUAGCUUGUAGUUUAGAUAAAUAUGAAAUAACUCUGAUUAAUUGACUUAUCAGCGAUUGACUGAAACAAUAAAAUUAUAAGCUAUCUUCA